AUGCCCCGCGCGUUUCUGGUGAAGAAGCCGUGCGUCUCCACGUGCAAGAGGAACUGGAGCGAGCUCCCCGACGAGGAGCGCGGAGAGAUCUACGUGCCAGUCAGUCUGGGCUUCUGCCCACCACAGCCCUACCGGGAACCAGAGCCGUCAGUGGCUGAACCCCCAUCUUGCCCCCUGGUUUUGGACAUGAGCCUUCGGGACUCCAGCUAUAGUGUGGCCCCUGGACCCUGCGUGGUAGCCCAGCUGCCCUCCGAAGACAUGAGUCGUUUGGCAGACCCCCAGAGCAGAGACCACGGCUUCCUGCGCACCAAGAUGAAGGUGACCCUCGGGGACAGUCCCAGUGGAGACCUCUUCACUUGCCAUAUCUGCCAGAAGGCCUUCACCUACCAGCGCAUGCUGAACCGCCACAUGAAGUGUCACAACGACGUCAAGAGGCACCUCUGCACCUACUGUGGGAAGGGCUUCAAUGACACAUUCGACCUGAAGAGACAUGUCCGCACCCACACUGGCGUGCGGCCCUACAAGUGCAGCCUGUGUGACAAGGCCUUCACGCAGCGCUGCUCCCUGGAGUCUCAUCUCAAGAAGAUCCACGGCGUGCAGCAGAAGUACGCGUACAAGGAGCGGCGGGCCAAGCUGUACGUGUGUGAGGAGUGUGGCUGCACGUCUGAGAGCCAGGAGGGCCAUGUCCUGCACCUGAAGGAACACCACCCCGACAGCCCGCUGCUGCGCAAGACCUCCAAGAAGGUGGCUGUGGCCCUGCAGAAUACUGUCACCUCCCUGCUACAGAGCAACCACCACCUCUGA